UGUGGACGCGUGCUCCGAGGCAUCAAAGGCUUCAUGCUUUUUGCAUGAGACUUCAGAGUGACUUUGAAGUACGUGCGUCCAGACGCUUGUCGCGAGGAGGAUGUCCGCGUCCGCGAGCUUGAAGGAAUCAGACGGAGAUCGAGACAUGGAGCAGCGCAAAAGCCAAGUGUCAAGACACCCAUUCAGCGUCGAGUCUCUUAUAUCUAGCCACAAAACCAGUAAAGACUUUGAAAGACGGCGCGAGGAUGUAUCCAGCCAGUUUGCUAAGACUGAGAUCAGAGAUUCUUGUGGCUCGGCUGGAAUACAAAAGCACUUUAUGCAGACCUCACCCGUCAAAUCGGAGUCCCCAGAGCCGGAUGACUGUACACCAUGGGUUAUGAACUCUAGAUUCGCUCAAACACGCCAGGUAAGUUCCUGUCCUCUCCGCAAGCACAAGACCAAUCGUAAACCCCGUACGCCAUUCACCACCUCACAGCUCCUGGCCUUGGAGCGAAAGUUCAGACAGAAACAGUACCUGUCCAUUGCCGAGCGAGCAGAAUUCUCCAGCUCCCUCACCCUCACAGAGACCCAGGUGAAGAUCUGGUUCCAGAACCGACGGGCCAAAGCCAAGCGUUUGCAAGAGGCAGAGCUGGAAAAGUUCAAACUGACUGCCAAACCUGCCCUCCACCCCAAUUUCAGUUUGCCUCUUCCUCUUGGAACCCAGCUUCAUUCGGCCGUCUCACUCUAUGGCCAGUCGUAUCCCUACCAGAGGCCUUUAUUGCCUGUUGCUCCGGUGGGACUCUAUGGAGCACCGUUAGGGUACAGCAUGUAUCACCUCGCUUGAGAAGAAGUGCUACAGUAUGGACUAGUACUGAUCUGUGGAUGUACAGAAAGACAAUGUUUACAAACCUUGGAUUUCCAAGUGUGAAAAAAAAAGCAGCAACCCCCCAAAAAUACAUUUUAUAUUUCAUAAUGUGCCUUCACUCACGUAAACAUAAAAUACAUGAAAUAAAAAGCAGGGCAUUUUACCACACUUUUUUUCCACUGACUGAAAGAUCAAAUUUGACUGUGUGGAUGGAUCAUUCUUUUGCCAAAUCUUUUGUAAAUAUAUUUGUGUUAUACAUCUUUGUGUAAUAUAUUGUAAAACUAAUUAUUUUGUGUACAAAAUACUGAGUUUAAAUUCCACUACAAUUAAUGUUGAUGCAUUUUUAUCCUGUAAGAAAGUGUUCCGACCAGUUCAUUACGCAUUGUUUUUACUUUAAUUGCUUUAAGUGACGGACAAUAUUUUACAGAGUUUGUUUUUGAACCAAAUUAAACGUCAAGCUGAAUGAUUUUAUAUGAUAAA